AUGCAUAAUAGAUGAAUCAAAAAUUCCUGAACGAGGCUCGUGGGCUAGUAAGACUGAAUUCAUUCUGUCAUGCGCUGGUUAUGCUAUCGGUAUUGGAAACGUCUGGAGAUUCCCAUACUUAUGCUACAGAAAUGGUGGAGUUAAAAACUUUUGGAGUACUUCGCAUGUCAUUCCAAUAAUGAUGGAUCAUUCGACUAAUCUGAUGCAGAGACGAAUUUCAUUAGACGUCACCGCUUAAAUUCUGUUAUAAUUCAAGGCAACCCAUGUAUAGCAAAUCACGUAACCUGAGGAAUUACGCCGGUGGGAAUUUUAUAGAAUAGAGGACGUCUCUUCGCAAGAUAUACAGUUGUAUUUCUGUAUGUGCAUAUGUGUGUCGCACUUUUCAUUCAAACCUCUUGCCCCUCUUAAACGACCGAACUCUUUCAGCUUGACGAAAUACGCGUUGUAUUUAGCAUCUCCUUACACUUCCUCGUGUCAGAGUAAUUCAUCAAUUAGAAUUGCCACGCGAGAACUCUCAACUUGAGAUGUGGCCUUGUUCCAAUCUCAUGAUAACGAUCAGACUAAAGAGGCUAUCGCAGAUAAUUAUUCCUAAUUAUUACUUGAUCAUUCCAUAAAAGUUCGUCCAAAUUCGUAGUGAUACUCAUAUAUCAAUAAACUUUCAUUAACAAGCGUUAACGGAAAUAGAAAAUUACGGUACUGAAAAGGAAAGAUCAUAGUAUAUUACUCGUUAAUACCUUUCACUUUUUCCUCUAUAUUGUAGCCACAUGUAUGUGACUUUUUAUAUUGGUGUUGAAACAAUUUCCGGUAUAGAGAGAGAAAAAGAGGCAAGAGGGUUUUAACAAUUGAGGCUCUUUGAGGUCUUGAUUGAAUGUUUCCGACUGAGCGUGCUGUUAGUAUAUUAUUCAUUGGCCAUGAAAAAUGGCCUUAAACACUACGUCACUAACAAACUACUCUGCUGUUUUUCGAUGCUGGUACUAUAUAUUUAUCUUCUGAUACAAAAAAUAUAAAUUGAAGGGAUUCAAAUGAUGGCACACUGAAAAGUAAUCAAGGAAGGAGCAUACCGUAUUCCAUCGAAAUGACAACGUAUCUAUUGGGUCUUUUUAUACUUUCUACUACAAGUGUUCAAAAAUGCUGUAUGCUGUAUCCUUCGUAAAAACAUUUAAAUUUAAAAAAAUACAUAUUUGCUAGUAAAAAGAGUCAUAUCUUAAGGUCUGGUAUCGAACCUGUUAGACAUUAAACAUCAAAAAUUUUUGUUUUCAGUUAAAAAAACAUUAACGGCUAUUCCUGCUUAAACGAUGCGAAAUUUGGCAUGCAUAAUUUAGAAUGAAAAGCUCGGAAGAGUGACUUGAAUACAAGCUGGGUGCAUUCCUGGUACCUUAUCUGUUGAUGCUCUUCCUUUGCGGCAUACCUCUCUUUUUUCUGGAAUCAUGCUGGGGACAAUUUGCUGGGACAGGAUGCAUAACGAUGUUCCGGAUGAGUCCAUUGUUCAAGGGAGCGGGAUUUGCCAUCGUGAUUGUCAACAUUAUUUGUACUAUGUAUUACAACGUGAUCAUCUCGUAUCCUAUCGUCUUUCUCUCGAUGUCAUUUAGGAGCAAACUUCCUUGGGAAGAUUGCAAUAAUCCUUGGAAUACCGACCAGUGCAUCAAGAUCAACGAUGGCGCAUUUCUCAAUGCAUCAGAUAAAACAGCACUUUUUCAAAGAGUCAGAACGCCAGCCGAAGAAUUCUUCAGCAAUCAUGUACUAGAAAUAUCGGAAGGAGUUCAUGAAAUUGGAGGAAUUGUUUGGCCCCUUUUUACCUGCAACCUCAUCUCUUGGAUCGUUAUCUACUUGUGCAUCAGCAAUGGUGUCAAAAGUGUCGGGAAAGUGGUUUAUUUUACUGCAACUUUUCCGUUUCUCGUCCUUUUUGUUCUCUUUAUACGAGGAGUCACGCUACCUGGUGCAAUGGAUGGAAUUCUCUUUUAUAUUAAUCCAAAGUGGUCUGAGCUAACGAAUUUACGAGUCUGGGCUGACGCAGCUGUACAGAUAUUUUUCUCUCUUGGACCUGGUUGGGGUGGCAUAGUCAAUAUGGCGAGUUACAACCAAUUUCGAAACGACAACAGACUGGAUUCUAUCCUAAUACCGAUUUUGAACUGCGGGACGAGUAUAUUCGCUGGAUUCGUUGUUUUUUCCGUUCUAGGGUUUAUGGCAAAACAAACAGGACUCCCGGUUUCUGUCGUAGCAACGGGCGGGCCAUCACUGGCUUUUGAAACUUAUCCGGAAGCUAUAGCGAUGUUACCAUGGCCACAAUUAUGGUCUAUUCUUUUCUUUACUAUGCUCUACUUCUUAGGAAUGGACAGUUGCUUUGUACAAAUUGAGGCUAUCAUAUCGAGUGUGACGGAUGCAUAUCCAAGUCUCAGAAAGCGGAAAAAGCUCGUUGCUAUGCUAUCCAUGUUCGUACUAUUUCUUGGGUCGAUCGUUUACGUGACGAAUGGUGGAAUGUACAUACUACAAAUUUUUGACUGGUACGCUGCUUCCAUUUCCGUCAUUUCCAUCUGUAUCAUCGAAGUUAUAAUCGUUGGGUGGAUUUAUGGAUGUGAUAACUUUGUACGCGACGUUGAAUUUAUGCUAGGCAAAAAACUUCAUCCCUGGUGGCCUUUUGCCUGGAAAUACGUGACUCCAAUAAUCCUGAUCUGCAUAUUUUCCACCGCAAUAAUUUUCAACACAAAAGUGACUUACAGUGGAGUUGAGUUACCCGAUUGGGCUGCAGGCAUCGGCUGGUGUUCCUGUGUUACCAGCAUGAUUUUCAUCCCUGGCUACAUCCUAUAUCAUUUCUGUUCAACUAAGGGGAGCUUCAGGAAUCGAUUAGCGGUGGGGAUACAUUCGACUGCUGACUGGGGGCCUCAAAAACACCCAGAUCGAGAAGCUUGGAAAAAAUAUUGUGAUGAAAGAAAUCCAAGCUCCACGUCAUCUGUCUUGAGUUCAGUUAACGUGACGAAUCUGUGAGACAAAGAAUAAUACUUCUGAAAAUUGACCUUCUGGAUUAGUAUCAUGGGUGUACACAGAUAUAAAACUCCGUAUAUAACAACGAAUAAAGUAGUCGAAUACA